AGGAAGGGUAGUAACCUUCGUCCCUUUAAAGUGUGUAAUCUAAGGUGAUCUAAUCUAAGUUUACGAUCUUACCUGACUAUACUACUACGAAACAAGUGUGACUUUCUGACUUGUGACUUAAAUGUGCUUUGGUCGUGAUGUGGAAAGACAACAUGAUGAUCACUGUUGGGUUGGCUUUUCUGAUUCUGUGCAUGCAGAACAUAGACUGCACCUCAGACAAGCUUACACAGGAUGGAAUCACUUGGAAUUAUAACUACACCAGAUACCAUCCAAUGUCAGAGAUCUCUGAUUGGAUGGAACGUGUGGCGUCAGAGAAUCCAGAGCUGGUGUCCUCCUCUGUGUACGGAGAGACCUUUGAGGGCAGGAACAUCACAUUCCUCAAGAUUGGCCUAGGCUCAGAGGGAAGGGAGAAGAAAGCCAUCUGGAUGGACUGUGGCAUCCACGCUAGAGAGUGGAUCGCUCCUGCCUUCUGCCAGUGGUUUGUUAAAGAGAUCUUACAACGGUACCAGACAGAUGAGAAGCUGAAUGAGAUGCUGAAGAACAUGGACUUCUACGUGACUCCUGUUCUGAACAUUGAUGGCUACAUGUUCAGCUGGUUUAAUGAGAGUACUCGACUGUGGAGGAAGUCCAGGUCAAUUCCACCAGAGGGCUGUUGGUGCCAUGGCGUGGAUCUCAACAGGAACUUCAAUGCAUACUGGGGCACUGUGGGGGUGUCCAGAGACUGCUGUCAGAACACGUACUGUGGUUCUGGACCCGUGUCGGAGAAAGAGGCCGAGGCUGUGACGCAGUUUGUGGGCAGCAGGGUGGACCAGAUCCUCUGCUUCCUCACCAUCCACUCUGCAGGGCAGCUGCUGCUUAUGCCUUAUGGACACCCACAAAUCUCAGCACCCAACUAUGAUGAGCUGAAGGCUGUGGGUCAGGCUGCUGCUGCAGCCAUGAAGGCCGUACACGGGAUGGUCUACCGAGUGGGAACCUCUCCUGAGAUACUCUACGCUAACUCGGGUUCCUCGCGCGACUGGGCUCGUCUGAUAGGGAUCCCCUUCUCCUACACCUUUGAGCUGAGGGACACGGGCGAGUUCGGCCACCUCCUCCCCGAGAACCAGAUCCAGCCGGCCUGCGAGGAGGCCUUUGAGGGAGCCCGCACCAUCAUCACCUACGUCCACGACAAGGCCUUCCACAACCGCACUGAGAUCGGAGCCGUCGGUGCAACCAGGGCCUUCUGGGCCACCGUACUGGCAUCCUGCCUUGCCACCAUGUACCUGUUAUGAGGGAAACACAAAGAUGGGAACAGCCUGGGUGCAGAUGAAGAGAUGUACUGUGUAUUAUACAGAUAGCUGGACUGACUGAUCAGAUAGCGAUGAUGCUGUUUGACUGACCACUGUCUCUGUGUUUUGCCUGUACUGUCUCUCUCCAUUCAUACAUUAAAUAAGUAUGAACAAAUGCUGGGAGAUGUUAUGGAUGAGAUUAUAACGUGGUGCAUAUGCUAAAUAAAAUUGUAAAACAUUUCAUUCACA